AUGGUGGCUGGUGGUGAUGACCCUGAGCAUGUUGGCGACAGACAGUCUAUGCUAUGGUUGCCGUUUGCAAUUAUAGGGGGACUACAGCUAACCGGUGGGAUACUAAUAUUGUCGAUGUACUUCAUACACAAAUACCAAAACCGCAAUCACAUGAUCAGUGAGAACCAGUCCCAGGUAUCCAACGAAUUGGUGGCCCGCAAGCUAUUCGACAAAAAACCAGUGGACAUACCCCUGGACAUUGAAAACUGUCAGAGCACCACCUUGAUCACCACCUCACCAAACGAUAAUACAUGCAUCAUAAGCACCACCAUAGCCAACUCCACGCCUACAACCGACAACCCCUACACGCCCACCACCACAAAGACCCCCAUAAGUAGGCCGUCCCUAUGGAAACGGAUUUCCAAAGACAGCGAGCGGUGGGUAUUAAUUGGAUUCGUGUCGGCAUUCCUGGCCUUUCAGAUGUCGUCCGAAGUGAUAUACAUGCAGUUCUCGGCCACAUAUUUCCAGUACAUACCACUCCGGCUAACCGCCCAGACAUCGGCCACACUCAUGUCAUCCAUGGCCCUCACGUUCACUAUGGGUCGCGGGAUUAGCAUAUUUGUGGCCAUGAGGUUCAGACCCCAGACCAUAAUCAUGGGACACCUACUCAUAUCGUUCAUAGGGUUGGGUGUACUAUGGGCUGGACAGACAUCGCUGGUGUGUCUGUGGGCCGGCGCUAUGAUUAUGAGCUAUGGGCUAUCGCCGAUCAUAUGCAGCACCUACUGCUUUCUGGCCCAGUAUCUGGACGUCAAGAAUCGUAUCGGAACUGUACUGUUAUUUUCAGCCGAAUCUCUCAACAUGUUUGUGCCCUUCCUUAUGGGUAUAUUCAUUGAAAAAUAUGCACACAUUUUCACUGUCAUUAUGUUUGCCAACCUCUUGUUGAGUAGCCUUAUAUUCGCCGGUAUUAUAUUCAUAGUGAAUAGGGCUGAGCGCAGGAGGGGCUCAGUAGGCGAUGUGUUUUACAGCCAUUGGCUCGGCGGUUUUCUCAUCAAAUACCUGAACAGACAGCUAGUAUUGGCUGUAUUUCUGGUGAUUAUGGCGAUCGGUACCGCAUUUAUACCCCACUCCUCUAAUCUAUACAUACUGUAUACGUGCGCCAUAGGGCUAGGCAUGGGCUCAGGUAUCAUCAACUGUGUGGUGAACGUAUGGAUCAUAGAAAUGUGGCUCCAGAAGAGUGCACCCGUACUACAGAUACCGGGGUUGACCUAUGGAUUGGGGAGUAUCGUGACACCCCUACUACUGAAACCCUUUUUAAGGGAUAAAUUCUCGGGUGAUUCGGAUACCACCACCACUGGCCCGGGUAUUACGGUGUCGACACCUGAUUCCGUAACCUAUGCCUACAAUGAAGACUAUGAGGAGCACAGGCGCUCACUAUUAAAGACACCUUUCCUUAUACUGGGAAUCAUACAAAUGAUU